AUGGAGCUCCUGCGGGACAGCAUCCCCGCGGUGUCCCUGGCCGCGGCGGCGGCCGCGCUGUACGCGCGCGCGGCGUCGUCCCUCCUCCGGCCCGGGCUCCCGCGCCUCGUCGCGCUGCUCCCGGUGCUGGCGCUCCUCGCCGCCGCGCCGCUGGCCUUCGCCUCCUCCGCCAUCGUCCGGGGCGUCGCCGCCUUCUUCCUCGCCUGGCUCGGCGCCUUCAAGGUCGCGCUCCUCGCCGCCGGCCGCGGCCCGCUCCACCCCGCCCUCCCCGUGCUCCCGUUCCUCUUCACCGCCCUGCUCCCCGUCAAGCUCCGGCGCGGCGGCGCAUCCGAGGCCAAGCCGGCGCUGCCCACGCUCGCCUCCUGCGCGGUCAAGGCCGCCGUCAUGGCCGCCCUCGUGGGCCUCUACCGGCUCAACGCCCGGCUGCACAUCUACGCGCGCCUGGCACUGUACGGCGCCCACACCUACUGCUUCCUGGACCUGCUCCUCCCCUGCGUCGCCGCCGCCGCGGGCGCGCUCGGCAUGGAGACGGAGCCGCAGUUCGACCGGCCCUACCUGGCCUCCUCGCUGCGGGACUUCUGGGGCCGGCGGUGGAACCUCAUGGUGUCGGCCGUCCUCCGGCCGGCGGUGUACGACCCCGUGCGCGCCCGCGCGGGGCCCGCCGCGGGCGUGCUGGCCGCGUUCGCGGCGUCCGGGGCGAUGCACGAGGCCAUGGUGUGCUACCUCAGCCUGCGGUGGCCGCCCGGUGGCGGGAUGGCCGCCUUCUUCGCCCUCCACGGCGCCUGCUGCGUCGCCGAGGGGUGGUGCGCGCGGCGGUGGGGGGACAGGAGGCCGCCGCCGCGGGCCGUGGCGACGGUGGCUGUGGGUCUGUUCGUGGCGGGCACCUCGUUCUGGCUCUUCUUCCCGGCGCUGCUCAAGGACGGCGUCGAGGAGAGGUUCCUGGAGGAGUGGGCGGCCGUGGCGGCCUUCUUCCUCGACGCCGGCGGGAAGAUGAAUUCCAUUGUUGUACGGUGA